GCGCAACUAACAGAGUUUUCUUUGGUGCGUGGCCGCGCACAACUCUAGUUGAAACGCACGUAUGCAACUUACUCAGAAAAUUUACCUAUGUGAUAGAUUAAUAUAUUCUCACCACGUGCAACCAAAAGACUUUAUUAUGGCCACUUGAAAGGGUGUUUAGCAAGACUUAUUUAAGUGCCCGUUCUCAAAUAAAAAUUAUGUGUCUUUUAACAACAGGAAUUUAAUUACUUUAAGGUGUGUUCUGCGCAUGGUAAUUUAUUUUUAUCGGAAGUUGUUUUUAAGAGCCGGCAAUGAGGGUGCGUUAGCAGGGAGUAUGGGACCGCCGGGAUGGGCAUGCGCACAGACCCAGGGGGCAAGUCUCGUCCGCUGACCACCGCCACGGUACCGCUGCUCGCCGCCUUCGCCUUCAUCUACAUUCACACCGUUUUUUGUAGUCACCAAGAUGCAGUACACAUCACAGCCAUAUUGGGUGAGUCUGUGGUUUUCAACUGUCACGUGGAGUUCCCAGCAGACCAACCAGUGCCGUAUGUGUUGCAAUGGGAGAAGAAGGUAGGCGACACGGGUCAAGAAAUCCCAAUCUACAUCUGGUAUGAAAGCUACCCGACUCACAGCGGUGAAGGAUACGAGGGACGUGUCUCUCGUGUGUCCCCGGAUUCUCCCUACGGAGCCGCCUCCCUUAACCUGACGAAUAUUCGCGAGUCGGAUCAGGGCUGGUACGAAUGCAAAGUGGUAUUCCUCAACCGGUCUCCGAACUCGCACAAAAAUGGUACGUGGUUUCACUUGGACGUACACGCUCCACCGAGAUUUAGCGUCACGCCAGAGGAUGUUAUUUACGUUACUUUGGGUGAUGCUAUUAUACUCAAUUGUCAGGCGGAAGGUACACCUACACCUGAAAUACUUUGGUACAAAGACGCUAAUCCUGUAGAAACUACUGCAACAAUAGGAAUAUUCAAUGAUGGCACGGAGCUUCGCAUUUCGAACAUCCGACACGAAGACAUAGGAGAUUACACGUGUAUAGCGCGAAAUGGCGAAGGGCAAAUUUCGCAUACCGCCAGAGUGAUAAUAGCGGGGGGAGCUGUCAUUAUGGUUCCUCCGACAAAUCAAACGAAACUGGAAGGAGAGAAAGUGCAAUUUAACUGUGAAGCGAAAGCUUUGCCAGGAAAUGUAACAGUGAAGUGGUUUCGAGAAGGAGCACCGGUAAGGGAAGUUGCCGCACUCGAAACCAGGAUCACGAUUCGUCGAGACGGUUCUUUAGUUGUAAACCCCGUAAGUGCGGACGAUUCAGGGCAAUACCUUUGUGAAGUGAGUAAUGGCAUCGGGGAACCGCAAUCCGCAUCGGCAUAUCUCAACGUUGAAUAUCCUGCGAAAGUGACAUUUACGCCGACUGUACAGUACUUACCCUUUCGCUUAGGCGGAGUAGUACAAUGUUAUAUAAAGGCCAAUCCUCCCCUUCAGUAUGUUACGUGGACCAAGGAUAAGCGUCUGUUAGAACCUUAUCAGACGAAAGACAUCGUUAUUAUGAAUAACGGUUCAUUACUGUUUACUAGAGUUAACCAAAAUCAUCAAGGGCGCUACACUUGUACGCCCUACAACGCUCAGGGAACACAAGGCUCUUCCGGACCGAUGGAAGUUUUAGUUAGGAAACCUCCAGUUUUUACAGUGGAACUCGAACCCAUGUAUCAGCGUAAAGUAGGCGAAACGGUCGAAAUGCAUUGUGACGCUCAAGAGGCGGAAGGCACACAAAGGCCAACGGUCCAGUGGCAGCGUCGCGACGGCUCGUCUCUAGACAAAAAUCGUGUUAAAAUUACCGGAGGAAAUAUCACAAUAGAAGGUUUAAAAAGAUCGGAUUUUGGCUUUUAUCAAUGCGUUGCUUCUAAUGAGGUUGCUACUAUAGUAACUGCCACGCAAUUAGUAGUCGAGGGAACGCAGCCUCACGCCCCUUGCAAUUUAACGGCGAAUGCCUCCGAAUUUGCCGUAACCCUAAGCUGGUUACCGGGAUAUAGCGGUGGACCGGAUUACAAACAAGAUUACACGAUAUGGUACCGAGAAGCCGGUGUAUCAGAAUGGUCGACUAUUCCCGUUACUCCUUCAGGAAGUACACAAGUAACAAUCAAUCGUUUAGCGCCGGGUGCGACUUACGAGUUUCAAGUUGUGGGAAAAAACGCCCUCGGCGAGGGAAUGAUGAGUAACAUUAUUACAGUAAGAACAUUAGACGUCGGAGUAAUUCAUAAAGUUCAAGUAAAUCCGACUCCAUUUUUCUCCCCUUCCGACGACUCGGAUAUAUUAGAUUAUAGUAUUAUUAUUUUCCCCACUGACUCGUCAGGCGACGUUUUUAUACCACCGAUUCUAAAACCCAAAGGUCCAAAACCCGGCCCCCCUCGAAAUCUAACCGUUACCGAGAUCAGUAAUGGAUUCCUGAUCACAUGGCAGCCGCCGUUAGAACGAUCGAAUUUAAUUCAGUACUACACGAUUAAGUAUAAAACUGAUGGGCCUUACAAAAAUUUAAAUAAAGGCCAAAUUAGGCCCGAAGAAACUCAAUAUUUAGUAAAAAACUUAGUAGGAGGUCGCACGUACUACUUCAGAGUCUUAGCAUAUUCCGUCAAGAGUUACGAAAGUAGCGACGAAGUUAAGUUUCCCGUUCCCGCGAGGGUGAAGCAUAAAGCAAUCACUGCCGGAGUAGUUGGAGGAAUUCUGUUUUUUAUAGUAGCCAUUAUUCUGUCUGUGUGUGCGGUGAAAAUUUGCAAUAAGCGAAAACGUCGAAAACAGGAGAAAGGUACCGAUCGGAAUCGUCGUCGUUCCCUCGCUCAUACUUUUGUUGCAGCUUACAAUAUGGUAGCUUGUAGAAUAACGGACUCAAGAAACGGGGGAAGUGCAGCGGAUAGCCAAGUGCCUUUGAAAAAACUUAGAAAAAGCCGAAUACCAGGUUUAACGGUGCUUGCCUUUAUUGCGAACUGGAUUUGGCCACGGGAUCGCUGUCGCUCCGGUAGUAGUAUAAGUUGGCAUCCAGAUUACCUACAUUCAGGUUCGCCAUCGAAAUCUCUGGCCCGUAUAUCAAGAGCAGCAGACGGCCGAUUCGUUCUCGUAGACUCUGCGUCCAGUUCGCGCACAGACAGCCCUUCUAAUGUCAGUAGCAGUGACGAUGGAGGCUUCCUCAGCAGAAGAGGCAUUCGAAAUCGUGCUUCGUGGCGAAAACCUUUAGUUGGAUACCCUAGCCAGUUAAGUUUGCGAUCUGAUGCUUCGGGGCAAAGUGCCAGGAUUUUAGUGUCUGCCAUCCCUGGUACCUUGGGAGGUCCCCGCUUUCACUAUCCCGUCAGACCCAUACCGACAAUUUACAGUCCUGUAACUCCUUUAUUUCAAUCGAGCUCUCCUGCAGAUUCCACGGCACUUUUACUAUCGCCUUGGUCUCCAAUGUACUUUAGUGAUAUCAGCUCAGUUCAACAACCAAGUUCGGCGGAACGGUCGUUCCCUACACCCCCGGGAUUUGUACAGUUACGGUCAGUACACGAACGAUACUCUCAGGAGUUGCCUUCGUUAAGUGCAAUACAUGAAGAAUCUCGUAGCUUCAUACCAGUCCACCCCUUAGAUCCAAGCCCAGUCUCUCGCAUACGUUUACCACCGCCUUACCCCGCACUUCCGGGUCCAAGACCACGAGUUCGACUUUUGCCUAGACACGCACGCAUCGCCAGAAGUGCACCAGAACUGGGUUCGCCCGAUCAUCUAGAUCGAUCUCCGGAAAGCAGGUCUAGCUCAAGCGGAUUCGGUAGCAAGAACACUUCUCAGCAGAACCAAAGCUCGCAAAGCGGAAGUACCUUCACGGAAUGGCGAUUGCCUCCAUAUCGUCCGCCACCGCCGCCACCCUCGGCACUACCGCCGCCGCCUCCACUAGUCGGCCACUGGCUUGAGCUGGCGUCCUCUUCGCCCUCGACAUCGGAGCAAAUCCACAAGUCGGUCGAUGUUGGUAGUGUGGAUGGACAUUACGAGUUUGAUCCGUCUACACCUACACCUACACCUUCAACGCCCACCGAACGAAGAGAUGGUGACCUAGAUCCGGCACCAAUUCGAAAAGGUUACGGAACCUUAAGAAACGCACGAUACGAUAAUAUCGAAGCGCGAGUUCAAGCUAUGAAAGAGGAAUUUCACGAGUUUCGCAAACGUCAAGCCAAACGCAAACGAAGCCACGAAUUGGAAAGCGCCUGUUAGCUUAAGGAUUAUGUACUUCGUAACUGUGUGCGUGUUCCUGCGUCAACUUAUAGUUAGUGUGAUAAGCUUUUUAUCGAAGCAAACCCGUUCUAAAUUACUAAAGAACCAAAACUCCAAAGACACUAUAUUAAUUUAUAUAAAUAUUAUAUAUUAAGCAAACGAUUAUUAAAUUAAAACAAAACUAUGGAAUAAGUACACACUCAUUGUACACCUAUAUACAGUUAAGUAAUUUACCGUACUUCUAUUGUAGAUUAAAAAUGGAAGCUCAAUUCGUUUUAUAACGGUGUCACAAAAAUAUAAUGUACAUCAAACAAAGGGUGCAUCGGAAAACAGGUCGCAUUUCGACACUGCCCCGUCGAAUCCACCUGAUCAGUUCGCCCUCUAAUAAUAAAAUUCUAACGCUUUAGCGCGGUCCCGACCGCGGAAAAAAUUACAUAACAGGCUGUUGCGAUAUUGUAAUAUUAGGUGUUUAGACUAAAAAAUGUACUACGUACCUUCUUGCUCAUUUGAGCAAAACCGGACCGACACGUCCGCCGCCAUAUUUUUAUCGUUAUUUAUUUAUAAAUUUGUUUAAAUUGUAAAAUACAAAGUGUUCUAUAGCUUUAUUUUACUAUAGAUUUUUUUAUAUAGUGAUAUUAGUUUCUUAAAUUAUCAUGUCAGUACAAGUUAAGUUUAGUAACGUUCGAGUUUUACCUAAUUACGCUUGAGAGAAUGAAUCGGAGUGAUGUGUUGUCUGUUUACGAACAAUAAAAGUAUUUCUA